AUGUCCGACCGCACACACCACGACGGCUCUGCCGGCCGCGCCUACACCGUCGAGCAAAAAGCCGCCGUCCUCCGCAUAAAAAGGUGCGCACCAACCGCGUACUACGAAAUCCUCGGUCUCGAGGAAGUGAAAAAGACGUGCACAGACGGCGAAAUCAAAAAGGCAUACAGAAAGCUCUCACUGCUCACACAUCCGGAUAAAAACGGCUAUGCGGGCGCAGACGAAGCAUUCAAGCUGGUCAGCAAGGCCUUCCAGGUUCUCAGCGACCCAGACAAGAAGAGCAAAUUCGACCAGUUUGGCGGCGAUCCGGAUGCGCGCUUCAACCCUGCGGCAGCGGGCGCAGGAGGGUCGCCGUUCAGCGGUUUCGCAGGGCAGAGGGGCGGUGGGUUCCAGGAAGAGAUGACACCUGAAGAGCUGUUCAGGCAGUUCUUCGGCGGUGGAUUUGGCGCGCCGUUCGGUAGGUCGAAGUGCGGUUUCGAUACAGGGCCAGGCUUUGUGUUCAACCUCGGCGGCGGACCAGGCGUGCGGGUACAUCAGUUUGGGGGUGGGCGACCGAGGAGGAGACCAGGGACUGCGCAGCCGCCGGGAAGGGAAGAGACGCCGGGGCUGGGGAAUGCGUUGGGGAAUCUGCUGCCGUUGCUGUUCCUCUUCGUUCUGCCACUGCUCUCGUCACUCUUCUCUGGCGGAUCGUCGAGUUCAGGCCCGUCGUUUGCGUUCACACGACAGCGCGAGUUUACAUGUGCGCAUAAAUCGCAAGGAGCGUUUGGUGUUGAGUACUAUGUCGCGCCCUCGGUGUGUACGGAGUACGGCAGCAACCCAAGAGAUAAGAGGUGGAGAGCGCUGGACAAGCAGGUCGAGCAAUCCUACGUACACACUCUGGACGUACGGUGCAACAACGAGCAAUACACACAAAGCAGGAAGAUACAAGACGCGCAAGGGUGGUUCUUCGUCGACGAAGAAGCCAUGGCGCAAGCGAGGAACAUGCCCAUGCCUAAUUGCGAUCUGUUGGCCAAGCAUGGGCUUCGCCGACAAUACUAGACAGCGAAUGUUGUCAGAGAUGCGGUUUUCGAUUCUGUAGUAAUUAUUGGCCUAGUUGAGGUUGGAUAGAUAUCAUACAGCACGCAGGGCGUAGGGGCCGUUUUAUGUCCAUCAAUGAAACUGCACACGAGCAGCAUUUUACUCUUCC